UAAAUUCAAAAAUUGUGAUAUUCCUCUCUUUCUGAUCCUUUUUUUACAGUGUCGAUCAGCUGUGACUUUGGGAUUGUUUACAAACUGUUGGGGUGGCUUUUCUGGUGGAGAAUCUCGUGAAAAUCUUGCGAAAAUGGUGGUUUUAAGUGUGGAGAAGUACAACAAUAUUGUGGAGUUCAUCAGAAACUUCCGUGGUCUGAUGAUAGACUGCGAGAAGGAGCUGCAGAAGGCUUUCCCUGAGUUCUCCGACACUCCUCAAGUGCUGGCCAGCAUUCUCUCUCGGGAGGUGCAGGCUCGUCUCAAAGGCACUUACUACGUCAUCCAGGCAAAGUCUGCGCAUCUCCUGCAGCAGUUUGAGAAGCAGAGCAAGGAGAAUCCGCACAGUGAUUCUCUGCUGCUGGAGAUGUCAGUGGAUUUGAGAUUCUCUCCCGUGGGUCUGGCCAGAUUGCUGCUGAUGGAGAAGUACAAGGGCUCCCGCACGAAGAGUGACGUGAGCAACAUGGUGAAGAAUCCGUACUUAAUUCCCGAUGCGGCUCUCGGGAUGAACGUCCGGAAGUGCCUGUUCAACGACAGCUUCGACGGUCCGCUCACGGACUUUAUUCGGCGCUUCGUGGGCGAAGAGCAUGAAAUUCGACUGAAGCAAAUGGCCAAGGAUGCUGGCCUGGUGUUCAAUGAUGAGGGCGAUUUGAGGCGGACGGGCUAUGACAAGACGCCAGAUCUCAAGCUGGCUAUUCCCUGUCUCUAUCGAGGCGUGCCGAUUCACUGGAUCGAGAGCAAGGCGCUCUUCGGCGACACCAGCAAUCACGAGAAGUACGUGCGUGAGCAGCUGUCGUGCUACCGCAAUCGCUUCGGCGCGGGCAUCGUCAUCUACUGGAUGGGCUACGUGGAGAGCGUCCUGGGCUGUGAUAACGACAUGAUCUUCGUGAGGGACACGUUUCCGGAGGCGAGUGAGUUGACGCUGCUUAAGAUUUGUUAGCACGU